AUGGCAAAAGGAUCACUUCUGCCCAUCCUGGGCCUAGCUCUGGCUGGUCUGCUCGCUGGAGCGGCCACUGAGUACACAGCCUUCCUUCUCUCUUCCGACAGCUCCUUGCGUGACUUGGCCGCCUCCUGUCGGGUCCCAUCCCGUCAAAAGCUACGCACUGACAUUACUCACGGCAACCUCCCACACUUGGACAACAUGCUCUGCACCACCAUGACCUUCUUCCGAACCGCUACCGCGAAGCGCAUCAAUCUCGGUCUCUUUUCCCUCAUGGCUGGCACAACUCUUCCCCUUUCCUACCGUCUCUGCUUCCAAGCAGUCUCACCCAACCGCAAGACGACUCUGUACGCAGGUUUCGUCCUUAUCCUCCUCAACAUCGUCGGUGCAGCACUUGGUCUUGGACCUUGGACAUGCUUCUUCUUCACUUUCGCAUACCUUCCUGCUGCUUACAGAGCAAUGAAGCUCUCCAAAGCCUCGGUCGCACCAGUCCCAACACCCGCUAUCAACAUCUACACAGUCAACCUCCUACACAUUGCAGUUGCCGCCACUGCAGCCAUCGCCGCUAUCGCCGACGUGAAAGGUGCACUUUGGAACUACGCUGCUCUUGGUGUACAGUUCGCCGGUCUCGCUUACUUGCCGAUCGCAUGGGUCAGCUUCCGCACCCCAAAGGUCAACGACGAAACCAAAUCCCGCAGCGUCAUCCGCCGCUACGAUGCAGAAGGUGUUAGCUACGCCUUCGAACGCACCUGGUCGUACUACCGUAAGAUGGCCCUCAUUUCGGCUGUCAUGUAUUGGUACGGAAUUAACAGGAUCAUCCGUGGCUACUGGUUCCAGGGCGAGACCUUUGACGCUACCUCCUUCUUCUGGCUCGGUGACAUCUCGGGUUCUGCGUUGGCUUUGAUUUUUCUCGUGGUCUCGGAGAAGUUGACUUUCAGGAACAAAGCUGCAGUGCACCCUGUCACUGGUGAGCCCAGAUCGCCAUUGGAUGUGGAAUGCGAUAAGGCGAUUGCAAAGGCUCCUGCUGGAUCGCCCUGGUUGGAAAAGUCGACUGCAGGUUUCAUCGUCGGUAGUUUGGUCGCUGGUCCUGGGUUUGCGGCCAGCAUGUGGUGGUGCAGUGGAGAGGAGGAGUUGGGUUGGAAGGCACGCAAAUCUUGGAGGGAGACCGUGGCCGUUGAUGGCAAAAAGGGCAAAUAA